GCUCAGAGCGGGGAGCAGCGGAUCGCUGCAGGCCCGCACGUGCGCGCCGCUGCGCUCGGACCGCGCCGCUGCUGCCGCCGGAGUAGCGACGGCACGUCUGGCCGAGGGCCGACGCUGUCUCCGCUGGGGAAUGUGACGGUGGUGCUUGAUCGCUGCUGAGUGCUGAUCUCAAAAGGACAGGUGACUGAGCUAGCAGAGCUAUGUUUUAGUGUAAGUUAUAGCUGUAUCGUUUUCGGGAUUCCUGACAAGACAUCGGAGGUGUAGAUGAGCGAACAUUUGUUUGGUCGAGAGCAUUAAGAAAACUGGGCAUUGCAUCAACUCAUGUAAGAGGGUGUGUCGUCCGACCAUGAUACCGCGCUGCCGGGCCCGCCUGCUGCUGGCCUGCCUGGCCGCUGCCGCCGCCGCCGCCCCAUCCGUCGCCAGCGCCGGCACCGUGAUCGCGCCGCCCUGGGUGAACGUCGCGCUGAACCCGUGCUCGGCGAGCAGCUGGCAGCUGGUGCACUGGCCUGCCGACGGCCGCUGCUACCCGAUCUUCCAGCAGGGGCCCUGCUCGCCGACCCAGGAGCUGACGUGGGACCGCGUCGCCGGCCAGCCGGUCUGCGUCUGCCCGGACGGGCAUCUGCUGCAUGCGCCGAACGGCCGCUGCUACCGACGGCACGCACGCGGACCCUGUCCGCGCCGCCACUACCUGGUGGAGGAUGUGGCGACGAGUGCGCCCACGUGUCGCCGGCAGGGCCGCUGCCCCCCGGGUGAGCUGUUCUGGCCGGCGGAGGGCCGCUGCCACCGCUACCUGAGCCGCGGCCCCUGCGGCAAGGGCGAGCUGCUCACCUUCAGCCGCGCCACGCACGAGCCCGUGUGCGGCUGCAGCCGCCGGUACAUGGCGCGCACCUACUGGCCGCACACCGACUCCUGCUACCAGCAGAUGACGCGCGGUCCGUGCCCACACGGGCUCGUGUUCUUCUACAACAACACGCGCCGCCUGGCCGAGUGCGGCUGCCACGCCGGCCUGCGCGAGAACUACGACCGCCGCUCGGGCCAGUGCUACCCGCAGGGCGAGCGCGGCCCCUGCCCGCCCGGCAACGUGUUCGCCUUCAACAACGUCACGGGCAGCACCGAGUGCCGCUGCCCGGCGGACAGCCUCGUGCUGCCCGACACGGGCGCGUGCCACCGGGCCUUCGCGCAGGGCCCGUGCAAGCGGAACCGGUUCGUGGCGCCGCGGCCGGAGGCGCCGCACCAGGGCGUCUGUGUGACCAACCCGUGCCGCCGCGGCGAGCUGUAUUUUCCAGCCGACCAGUACUGUCACCGGAUCGGACGGCGCGGCCCCUGCCCGGCCGGCCAGCUGGUGCAGUACGAGGAGUUCCGCGGCAUCAGCUACCGCGGCGCGUGCGGCUGCACCAAGCACUUCACGCAGAACUUCUGGCCGGCGGACGGCCGCUGCUACGAGCAGCAGACGCGCGGCCCGUGCCUGGCGCGCGAGCUCUUCGCGUACAACGCCACCAGCGGCCGGACCGAGUGCGCGUGCUCACCGGAGCUCGGCCGGACAGCGGCCGGACAGUGCGCCGAGCCGUUCUCGCGCGCCGGCUGUCCGAGCGAGACAUUCAAGGGUCUGGAGCUGCUGCGUGUGGUGCGGUGA